CUGCUUUGGGGUUGCCAAAGGGUCUGUAUUCGUUCCCUGUGCCUCUGCGGCAGAUUGCCCCAAAUUUAAUGGCUUCAAGCAACACGAACGUGUUCUCCUGCAGUAUUGGAAGUCAGAAAUCUAAAAGGGAUCUGCGGGCUGUGUUCCUUCUGGAGUCUCCUCGCAGAGGAAGGCAGGCAGCCUCUACAAGCUGGAGGAGGCAAACGAGGGAGCAGGAGACACCGCCUGACUUCUUUUAUUUCUCGGACUAUGAGAGGCACAAUGCAGAGAUCGCUGCCUUCCACCUGGACAGGAUCCUGGACUUCCGCCGGGUCCCCCCCGUGGCCGGCAGGAUGGUCAACAUGACCAAGGAGAUCCGGGAUGUGACAAGGGACAAGAAGUUGUGGAGGACCUUCUUCAUCUCCCCAGCCAACAACAUCUGCUUCUACGGCGAGUGUUCCUACUACUGCUCCACGGAGCAUGCCCUGUGCGGGAAGCCGGACCAGAUAGAGGGCUCGCUGGCAGCCUUCCUGCCGGACCUGUCCCUGGCCAAGAGGAAGACGUGGCGGAACCCCUGGCGGCGUUCGUACCACAAGCGCAGGAAGGCAGAGUGGGAAGUGGACCCCGACUACUGUGAGGAGGUGAAGCAGACACCCCCCUAUGACAGCAGCCACCGCGUCCUGGACAUCAUGGACAUGACCAUUUUUGACUUCCUCAUGGGGAACAUGGACCGCCAUCACUACGAGACCUUCGAGAAGUUCGGGAACGAGACGUUUAUCAUCCACUUAGACAAUGGGAGAGGGUUUGGGAAAUACUCCCAUGACGAGCUGUCCAUUCUGGUGCCUUUACAGCAGUGCUGCAGGGUCAGGAAGUCCACCUACCUCCGGCUGCAGCUUCUGGCCAAGGAGGAGUACCGGCUGAGCCUGCUGAUGGCCGAGUCCCUGCGCGAGGACCGGGUGGCCCCCAUCCUGUACCAGCCGCACCUGGAGGCCCUGGACCGGCGGCUGCGUAUCGUGCUGCAGGCCAUCAGGGACUGCGUGGAGAAGGACGGGCCCCACAGCGUGGUGGAGGACGACCUGGGCCCCGAGCACAGAGUGCCCCCCAGCAGGUAGUGACCGAGAGCCGCCGGCCUGCCGUGGAGGAGGGACACGCGCGUCCACGCUGUGAAUUCAGUGAUUUCAGCCACACACGGGGCUCUCCUGGAGUCUGGGAACGGCGGGAAUGGGAGGUCCUUCGGCAGUGGGUCCGACACGACUCGCUGUGUUCGCGUGCGAGAGCAGAGAAGGUUGGGGAGGGGGUGCUCGGAGCUCAUGGACGAGGCGGCCUGGCGGCGGGGGCGACCCACCCUUUUUGUACGGAAAGGAAGCCUUUAUUUACUAUUUUGUAUUUAUACGUGGUGUCCAUGUAUAUAAAUAGAGAGGGACACCCAUGCAGACCCCAGACCACCUACAAAUGCGCACACGGGGGCCGCGCCCCUGCGGCUGGACUCCCGCCACAUGCGCACACUCUGGACCCUACUUGGAACAGGCUCCCAUCUCUCCUCCCUCUUGGGGGCCUGGCAGCCACAUGGCUGGCAAUCUCGGCUCGGGGCACCGGGGCUCCCGAUGGCGUCUCGGCCGGUCGACAGACUCCCGUUUCCAGAGCAACAUCAGCGACCACGUCUUCGUUUCUCAGAGCCGCCCAGCAGCACCCGGGGUUUCCCUGGCGGCCGAGGGUGCCGCCAGUCUUCUGACUUUGCUUUGACAGUUGCUGUAAAUACGUCACACGGGCCCCUCCGAGGGCCUCGACAGCAGGCUUCAUUUUGCAGCGUUUUUGUGGAAAAGUUUGCAAUGUGGUAAAAGUGCAAUAAAACUAGAGCAAAUGUA